CUAUUUAAAACACCUCACGCGAGCUGAAUCCCAUCCAUCGAAGCAAAACACCACAUACAAUCUACCGCCGUGCUUACCCACUUCCCUCACAUCACGACACAACUAGCCUUGCCUUGCACCUAUGGCGCCCACAGUGGCCGGAUCACUACUGCCCCUGUCGGUCAUCGUCCUUGCGACGGUCGCAUCGACCGUUCUGCUGGCGCCGGUGGCGGUGAAGGACAUUGACGCGCUCUUGGCCCUGAAGAGCGGCUUACAUGACCCCAACGGCGCAUUGAAGAGCUGGGACCCGCAGCUGGUGAACCCUUGCACUUGGUUCUACAUCACUUGCGACGACAACAACCGCGUCACCCGCAUAGGCCUUGCCCGCCUGAACCUGUCCGGACCGCUGGCGCCGGAGCUUGGCCAACUGGACCGCCUAGAAUAUUUGGCAAUUUAUGACAACCACUUCACCGGCCCGAUCCCGAAGGAACUGGUGGGGCUGUCCAACCUGAUAAAUGCGGAUUUCUCAAACAACGACUUUUGCGGCCCGAUUCCAACCGCUGGACCGUUUAAGCACAUACCUCGUCGUAGCUUUGCCAACAACCCGCGCCUGGGCAAGAAGUGCUAGAUGGCGCUAGUCGUCUGAGUGAAAUAAACUGGCGGUAGCAUGCAGCUGGCGAAGCGGGUGGCGUCGGUUCAUGGAGUAGCUGGAUUUGUGAGCGAGGCUAAGUUGUGUGUGCGCGCGCCAGAGUAGACAUGUUGAUUAGUUUCUGUUCUGUAAAAGCUGCGAUCGAUGUGGUGUUGCUGUUUCUGUUCCCCUAAUAAAAUCGCCAACUGAUGUUCAUGGAGUUGCUGUUUCUGUUCCCCUAAUAUAUAUAUAUAUGGGGAAAAGCAUGGCUAA